CAAAAGGAGAGAGAUUUAGACCAAUCAAACCAGCCACCGAUGCAGCUUUUGUCCUUUACGAAUCCACCCAAUGGGAAACUCGACCGAACCCGGCAACCCAAAAGUACAGCACAGUCACAGAGAGACCAGCAGCAGCAGCUGCAGCUAUGGCUACUAGCUCACUCAAUAUAAAACUCCGAUCUUGUCUCCACUAAACCCAUAAAUCUAGUAAUAUUCACCACUCUUCCUCCUAAAAGCAUCACAAUCCAAGCUCAGAAUCCAUGGAUUGAUAACAACCAGCAAAGGGAAAACCAUGAGGAAGCACAAGAAUCUGGCUUCUUCUCAGAGCCUAGGCGCAUUCCCAAUCCCCGGCCAGGCGGCGGCGAGAAGCUAUUACCAGGACAGCAGCAACAAAGGGUGGUGCUCGGAGCGGGUGCCGCAUCCCUCGUCGGCGGCCGCCCGGCAGCGGGGGAUUACUGGGCUGACCCCGUUUUACAGCGGGAGGGCGGUGCCGUCCAAAUGGGAGGACGCCGAGCGGUGGGUCAGCAGCCCGGUGAUGGGUCACGGCGCCGGGAGCGAGUCUCAUCAUCAUCUUCAGUCUCAGGCUCAGUUUCAGAAGCGACCCAAGUCGAAGAGUGGGCCGAUUGUGGCCCCUGGCGUGGUGCAUUACUCCAACUGUUCGCCUGCGCUCCAGGUGCUCGACGCUGGGUCUCUGAGAAAUUUCGUGGUCAAUUCGCCCUUUUCCACUGGGGUCUUGAUGCCUAAUGGUGUCGGCUUGCAUUAUGGAGCUGGUGGGGGAAGGAAUCAUGGUGUUGGUGUCGGUGGUGGUGGUGGGAGAGGCGAUGUCUCGAGGUCAGUUAGUGUCCCUGUUUGGUCAGAUUUGGUCAGUGAUUCUUCACUGCCUAGCUCCCCAGGAGUAUAUUUCGUUGACACAGAUGAGAGAGUAGAAGAGGAUAUGAUCAAUGAAGAAAAUACUGUUAGUCGUGUUGUUUCAAGAAGGGAUAUGGCAACCCAAAUGAGUCCAGAUAGCAAAAGCAACCACUCAUCUCCAAGGAGGUCUUCUCCACUAGCUAUUUUAGAUUCAGGAAGUAGAGAGCAUCCUUGUAAAAUGGAGAUCAGGGAAGUGCAGGUUGAUAAGAAGGCUACUGUAACAAGUUGGUCCACAAAGCGUUCUUCUGCUUCUACAGUCCAGAAAAGAUUGCCACCUCCCGCGGAAUUCCAUCACAAUGCCAUGGCUCUUGCUAACAGUUGUUCUUGGGAUAUCACUGAGGCAGUUUCAGACUUCUCAAAGAUCCAAAGAGAGGAAGCCAAAAUCACAGCAUGGGAGAACUUGCAGAAGGCAAAAGCCGAGGCUGAGAUGCGAAAGCUCGAGAUGAAACUCGAGAGGAAGAGAUCAUCAUCAAUGGACAAGAUCUUGACGAAACUGACAACGGCACAAAUGAAAGCUCAGCAAAUGAGAAGCUCAAUGUCUAGCACGCAGGAGCAACAAAUCCCUAAAAGAUCUCGGAAAUCCAAAUCAAAGUCCAAGUACCCUCGGUUUCGUUCCAUGAGAUGCUGCUUCACCUGCCAUGUUUUCUAGUCUCUUUUCUUGUCUUCGCUUAAGCCAAGAAACUAGUAUCAAUGUAGUGACUUUAUAAGUACAGAGCCGUAUGACCAUUAUGUAUACUGCUAGUAGGAUUUAACAGCAAUCAAUUCUCAGAACUCAGUCAUACUUUAUCCAUGAAGCUUUUGUUCAUGUCGCACAACUAGUUCAAAAAGACAUCUGGGCUUACAGCUACACUACAAGUCUACAAUACAGUCAACCUGAUCAAA